AUGAGAAGAAAAUCUAUAUUCACGUCGAAUAUUUCAUCGGCAUCGACAUUGACAUCUUACACACCGGAAACCAAGUCGGAUAUUAUUUCAUUUGCCAUUGGUAAUCCAGCAAAUAAAACUGCGGCAAAACUAAGUCAAUUUAAUGAAGAUUUAUUAGGUAUGGAAGAUGCGAAGUUGUUCACUAAACGACAUAACAGUGAAUUACAACGUUGUUCGCAGUUCUAUUCGUUAGCAAGUCUUUUCCAUGAAACAACAACAAAAGAUAAACAUCGAUUGAAUGGAAGAGAUGUUCAAAAACUGGCUUCAACUAUACGAGGAUUUCUUUCACGAAUAUUUAUUUGCACUUAA